AUGGCGCCCAUCGCUAUCUCCCCCGAGCGGGACGCCGGGGCUUUGAACUCGCUCACCACCGACUUUGAUGAUACCAUCCGCUUCUACCUCAAUGGUACCCGGGUCGUGCUGGACGAUAUCGAUCCCGAAGUCACUCUGCUGGAGUACCUGCGAGGCAUUGGUUUGACGGGGACUAAGCUCGGAUGUGGCGAGGGCGGUUGUGGUGCCUGCACCGUCGUCAUAUCCCAAUUCAAUCCGACGACAAAGCAAAUCUACCACGCGAGCGUAAACGCCUGCUUGGCACCCCUGGCCAGUGUCGACGGCAAACACGUAAUCACCAUCGAGGGCAUUGGAAAUACAAAGGCGCCCCAUCCCACCCAAGAACGGGUAGCAAAGAGCAAUGGCAGUCAGUGUGGUUUCUGUACCCCCGGUAUUGUCAUGAGCUUGUACGCUCUGCUACGCAACAACCAGGCGCCCUCUGAGGAAGAUAUCGAGGAGGCCUUUGACGGCAACUUGUGCAGGUGUACUGGCUACAAGCCCAUUCUUGAGGCGGCGCAGACAUUCAGCGUUGAGCGUGGAUGCGGCAAGGCAAGGAAAAACAGGGGUUCAGGCUGUUGCAUGGAGAAUGGCAAUGGCGAGAAGAUGGAGGGCGGAUGCUGUAUGGACAAGGCAAAGCUCGACGACCAACCCAUCAAGAGGUUCACGCCCCCGGGAUUCAUCGAGUACAACCCCGAUACCGAACUCAUCUUCCCACCCGCCCUCAAAAAGCACGAGAUGCGGCCGUUGUCGUUCGGUAACAAGAGAAAGAAGUGGUACAGGCCCGUUACCCUUGAGCAGCUGCUCGAUAUUAAGAGCGUGCACCCUUCGGCCAAGAUUAUUGGCGGCAGCACCGAGACUCAGAUUGAAGUCAAGUUCAAGGCGGCACAAUAUCCCGUCUCCGUUUUUGUGGGAGACAUUGCCGAGUUGCGACAAUACGAAUUCAAGGCCAACCAUCUCGAGAUUGGAGGAAACGUAGUCUUGACAGAUCUAGAGCACAUCAGCAAAGAGGCAACUCGUCAUUACGGCGACGCCCGUGGCCAGGUCUUUGAGGGGAUCUACAAGCAGUUAAAGUACUUCGCAGGUAGGCAGAUUCGAAAUGUCGGUACGCCUGCAGGCAACUUAGUUACCGCUUCGCCCAUCUCAGACUUGAACCCGGUGCUCUGGGCAGCCAAUGCCGUCCUAGUGGCUAAGUCUCAGAGCGAAGAGACCGAGAUCCCCAUGUCGCAGUUCUUCACAGGAUAUCGACGCACAGCACUCCCUCAAGACGCUAUCAUCGCCUCCAUCAGGAUACCCGUGACAGCUUCCAAGAACGAGUUCUUUAGAGCAUAUAAGCAGGCCAAGAGGAAAGACGACGACAUUGCCAUCGUGACUGGCGCUCUACGGAUCAAGAUGGACGACGACGGCGUAGUCAUCGAAUGCAAUCUCAUCUACGGUGGAAUGGCCGCCAUGACCGUGGCCGCGAAGAAUACCAUGGAAUACUUGGUGGGCAAGCGCAUUGCUGAACUAGAGACCCUUGAAGGAGCAAUGAAUGCCCUGGGAACCGACUUUGACCUGCAGUUCAGCGUCCCCGGAGGCAUGGCCUCGUAUCGAAAGGCCCUUGCCUUGAGCUUCUUUUACCGGUUCUACCACGACGUCAUCACCAAUCUCGGUGGGAAAAGCGAGCAUGUGGAUAUUGAGGCGAUUGACGAACUCGAGCGCGGCAUCUCUGGCGGCACUGAAGACCAUGGCGCGGCUACUGCGUACGAGCAGAAGACCGUGGGCCAGUCCAAGAGCCACGUUGCCGCAUUGAAGCAGGUCACUGGAGAAGCACAGUACAUUGACGAUAUUCCGAUGCUGAGAAACGAGCUGCAUGGCUGCUUCGUGCUGUCCACAAAGGCUCACGCAAAGAUCAAGUCGAUAGACUACUCGCCCGCUUUGGACAUGGCUGGCGUCGUUGACUACAUUGACAAGGACGACGUUGAUACCCCUGAGCAGAACCGCUGGGGAGCCCCCCAUUUCGACGAGCUCUUCUUUGCAGAGGGGGAGGUUCACACCGCCGGCCAACCCAUCGCCAUGAUUUUGGCAACUUCGGCGUCCAGGGCCGCGGAGGCCGCACGCGCAGUCAAGAUCGAGUACGAGGACCUUCCGUCCAUCCUUACGAUCGAGGAAGCGAUUGAAAAGGACAGCUUCCAUAAUUACUACCGAGAGAUCAAGAACGGUGACACCGAAGAGGCGUUCAAGAACUGCGAUCACAUCUUCACCGGCACGGCGCGGAUGGGCGGCCAAGAGCACUUCUACCUCGAGACGCAGGCUUCUUUGGUGGUUCCAAAGCUCGAGGAUGGAGAGAUGGAGGUGUUUUCCAGCACCCAGAACGCCAACGAAACACAAGUCUUCGUUGCCCGGAUGACGGGCGUACAAGCGAACAAGAUUGUCGUCCGCGUCAAGCGACUGGGCGGCGGCUUUGGAGGCAAGGAGACGAGGUCGAUCCAGCUCAGCGCCCCGCUCGCACUUGCGGCGAGGAAGACCAAGCGACCCUGUCGCUACAUGCUGACAAGAGAGGAGGACAUGGUCACAUCAGGACAGCGCCAUCCAUUCUUGGGAAGAUGGAAGGUUGGCGUGAACAAGGACGGCAAGAUCCAAGCGCUGGAUCUCGACGUCUUCAACAAUGCCGGCUGGACGUUUGAUUUGAGCGCGGCCGUCUGCGAGCGAGCAAUGUCUCACUCGGACGGCUGCUACAGGAUCCCCAACGUCUUUAUCCGCGGCCGGCUGUGCAAGACCAAUACAAUGUCAAACACGGCAUUCAGAGGGUUUGGUGGGCCUCAGGGCAUGUUUAUCGCCGAGACUUACAUGGAGGAGGUUGCGGAUCGAUUGGGCAUGCCGGUUGAGAAGUUCCGCGAGAUCAACUUCUAUAAGCCACUGGAGCCGACGCACUUUAACCAGCCUCUGACUGACUGGCACGUGCCGUUGAUGUACAAGCAAGUACAGGAAGAGGCAAAGUACGAGUCGCGGAGGGAGCUCAUCAGAGCCUUCAACCACGGCAACAAGUGGCGCAAGCGUGGUCUCGCUAUUAUCCCGACAAAGUUCGGCAUAUCCUUUACAGCCCUCUUCCUGAACCAGGCGGGUGCCCUCGUGCACAUCUAUCAUGACGGAUCCGUCCUGGUGGCCCACGGCGGUACGGAGAUGGGCCAGGGCCUGCACACCAAGAUGACGCAGAUUGCCGCUCAAGCUCUCCAGGUGCCGUUGGACAACGUCUUCAUCUCCGAGACAGCGACCAACACGGUGGCCAACGCCUCGGCGACGGCCGCGUCGGCCUCGUCAGACCUCAACGGCUACGCCAUUUACAACGCGUGCGCGCAGCUGAACGAGCGCCUGGCGCCGUACAGGGAGAAGUUGGGACCGGGCGCCACGAUGAAGGACCUGGCACACGCUGCGUACUUUGACCGCGUGAACCUCUCGGCGCAAGGGUUCUACAAGACGCCCGAGAUUGGUUACACAUGGGGCGAGAACCGAGGCAAGAUGUUCUUCUACUUCACGCAGGGCGUCACGGCCGCCGAGGUCGAGAUCGACACCCUGACAGGGACGUGGACGUGUCUGCGCGCCGACAUCAAGAUGGACGUCGGGCACUCCAUUAAUCCGGCGCUCGACUACGGACAGAUCCAGGGCGCAUUUGUGCAGGGUCUCGGCCUCUUCACGAUGGAGGAGUCGCUCUGGCUCCGGAACGGGCCGAUGGCGGGUAACCUCUUUACGCGGGGUCCGGGGGCGUACAAGAUCCCCGGGUUCCGCGACAUUCCGCAGGAGUUCAACGUGACGCUGCUCAAGGACGUGGAGUGGAAGGACCUGCGGACGAUCCAGCGGUCGCGCGGCGUAGGCGAGCCACCGCUGUUCAUGGGCAGCGCCGUGUUCUUUGCCAUACGCGACGCGCUCAAGGCGUCGAGAGCGCAGUACGGGGUGCAGGCGACGGUCGGGGAGGACCGGGAGGGGGAUGGCCUACUCAGGCUCGAGAGUCCGGCUACACCCGAGAGGAUUCGGCUAAGCUGCGAGGAUCCGAUUAUGAGGAGGGCUAGGGUGCUGCCGAAGGAGGGGGAGAAGAGCUUUUUUGUAGCCAUUUAG